CCUCGGCUGCGGCGGCGCGCGGCCUGGGCUUGCGCUGCGCCCGCGCGCCCCCGCCCCCCUCCAGGAGGCCGAGGCCGCGGCGGCCGUUAGCGCUGUCGCUCCGGGGGCCGCGGCGGGCGGGGCUCCGGCGGGGCCCGGCCUAGUCCCAGCCCAGCCCGGCUCCCAGCCGCCCGCCCUCCCGAUGCAGGGGGCCGAGCUCCGGGAUGGCGAGGCGGCGGCGGCGGCCGCUUCGUACCGCGUCUUGAGCCGCCUGCUGGGCUAUGGAGAGGCGGCCCCCGAGCCAGGCCCGCCGCCGCCGCCCCCGGGCCAUGGCCCCCCGCCGCCCCCUUUCCUCGCGCGGCCCGGCCCGCGGGGCUCGCGGCCGCCGCAGCUGAUGGUGUUCCGCAACGUGGGGCGGCCGCCGGAGGAGGAGGACGCGGAGGCGGCCCCGGAGCCGGGACCCUCGGAACUGCUGUGUCCCCGGCACCGCUGCGCGCUGGACCCCAAGGCCCUGCCCCCGGGACUGGCGCUCGGGCGGACGUGGGGCCCGGCGGCCGGACUCGAGGCGCAGUUGGCGGCCCUGGGGCUCGGGCAGCCGGCGGGGCCGGGGGUCAAGACGGUCGGCGGGGGCUGCUGCCCGUGCCCGUGCCCCCCGCAGCCGCCGCCGCCGCCGCCGCCGCAACAGCAGCAGCAGCAGCAGCCCCCGCCGCUGGCCGCCGCCCCGCAGGCCGGGGAGGACCCCACGGAGACGAGCGACGCGCUGCUGGUCCUGGAGGGUUUGGAGUCGGAGGCCGAGAGCCUGGAGACGAACAGCUGCUCGGAAGAGGAGCUCAGCAGCCCGGGCCGCGGAGGAGGAGGAGGAGGCGGCGGCGGCGGAGGAGGAGGGGGCGGCCGGCUCCUGCUGCAGCCCCCCGGCCCCGAAUUGCCCCCGGGGCCCUUCCCGCUGCAGGACUUGCCCCCUCCGGGCCGCCUGAGCCGGGGGGAGCCGCCGCCGCAGCCGCCGCCGCCCCCGCCGCCCCCGGGGCCGCUCCGGCCGCUGGCGGGCCCGUCUCGGAAGGGCUCCCUCAAGAUCCGCCUCAGCCGCCUCUUUCGCACCAAGAGCUGCAACGGCGGCUCGGGCGGCGGCGACGGGGCCGGCAAGCGGCCCUCGGGGGGCCUGGCGGCCUCCGCCGCGAGCCUCACGGACAUGGGCGGCUCUGCGGGCCGGGAGCUGGACGCGGGCAGGAAACCCAGGUUGACAAGAACUCAAAGUGCCUUUUCUCCGGUCUCCUUCAGCCCCCUGUUCACAGGUGAGACAGUGUCUCUUGUGGACGUGGAUAUCUCUCAGCGGGGCCUGAGCUCUCCACACCCUCCAACUCCCCCUCCUCCUCCAAGACGAAGCCUCAGCCUUCUAGAUGAUAUCAGUGGGACGCUGCCUACAUCUGUCCUUGUGGCUCCGAUGGGGUCUUCCCUGCAGUCUUUCCCCCUACCUCCGCCUCCUCCACCCCAUGCCCCAGAUGCGUUUCCCCGGAUUGUUCCCCUCCGAGCUGCUGAAUCCCUGCACAGCCAGCCCCCACAACACCUCCAGUGUCCCCUCUACCGACCUGACUCGAGCAGCUUUGCAGCCAGCCUUCGAGAGCUGGAGAAGUGUGGUUGGUAUUGGGGACCAAUGAAUUGGGAAGAUGCAGAGAUGAAGCUAAAAGGGAAGCCAGAUGGUUCUUUCCUGGUACGGGACAGCUCGGAUCCUCGUUAUAUCUUGAGUCUCAGUUUCCGAUCACAGGGUAUCACCCAUCACACCAGGAUGGAGCACUACAGAGGAACCUUCAGCCUAUGGUGUCACCCUAAAUUUGAGGAUCGCUGUCAGUCGGUGGUGGAAUUCAUUAAGAGAGCCAUCAUGCACUCCAAGAAUGGGAAGUUCCUCUAUUUCUUGAGAUCCAGGGUUCCAGGACUGCCACCAACUCCUGUCCAGCUGCUCUACCCAGUGUCCCGAUUCAGCAACGUCAAAUCCCUCCAGCACCUUUGCAGAUUCCGAAUCCGACAGCUAGUCCGGAUCGAUCACAUCCCAGAUCUCCCACUGCCUAAACCUCUAAUCUCUUAUAUCCGAAAGUUCUACUACUAUGAUCCUCAGGAAGAGGUAUACUUGUCUCUAAAGGAAGCGCAGCUCAUUUCCAAACAGAAGCAAGAGGUGGAGCCCUCCACGUAGCCAGGGGCCCCCUGGUGGCCACCAAGGGCAUUGGGUUGCCAAGCUCCAGUUUUGAAGAACCAAAUGAAGCUACCAUGAAAAGGGGAGUGAGGGAAAACAAGAGGCCAGUGACUUCGGUUGUCCAGGGACUCGGUUCUCUGUCCCCUGGGGCUUGGAAGAAGCACAGACCGCCUUUUCCUCAGCCCCGCCUGGCCCUGGCACUGGAGCAGAGCCGCAGAAAGCUGGUCCUUUCUCAGAAGCUGUGUUUGGAUUCCCCCGUUUCUCAGAAUGGACCACUCCCCCAGGGCAGCUGGUGGUCCUGCCCUUUGUGUUGGCAGUGGCACAGAGGGCGAGAGGGUCCAUGUGGCGGCAGUGGGAGCUGCCAGUGAUGGUCCUGGAGCUGGUGCCAAAGGGCUGGUGCAGUUCCUCGGUGCGGAGGGGGGAGGGCGGAAAGGACUCUGCAGCGCAAACCACGGGAGCUUCUGGGCAUGAGGACUGACUUGUCACCCACUCGUGCCCUUGCACUGCCUUCAGGAGCAGCAGGCCAGGAAGGAGGGUGGCUGGGCUCGGAGAUGACGGGGCCAACACGGCUACUCAGCAUGUCCUUCUAGGCUCAGGAACUUGAUUGCAGACUCAUCUCUUACAAAAGCCGGUUACCUUUGUUUCCCUGAAUUCCUAUGCUCUGUGACCUCAAGUGAGCCCUGUCCCAGCCCCCCCAGCCCCAGCCCACUCCCCGCCAGAGAUAACUUGUUUCACCCUGGUCCCGGUAGCAUCAUCCCUGUUGCUUCCGCCAGCUGUCAGGGAAGUAGAUGACUUAUCCCCUGAGCAGGUGAGCUCUCCGGUUCGAGGCUGCUGAAGUUAAUGGAGCACGCCUGCUUCCCGAUUCUUAAUGGCAAAGCAUCCCCAUGACUUAGGAGUCAGCGUUCCGUACCUCCAUAUGUCUGCCAGCUAGCAAGAGGGACUGUGGAGGAAGGUGAGAAGCGAAGCUAUUGUUGGCGCCGCCUGAAUGGGAUUCUCGCGGCGGAGAGCGGCCCGUCCCCUCUCCUCUGUCUAGGUGGAUGUCAUCCCACUUCCGGCACGGGAAGUGUUCAGGGCUACUUUACUUCCCGUGUUCUUCCUGCCCGCCCAGUACUACCCGGGGUCAGAGCCUGGUCUCCUGUGGUGGGGAGGUGUCAGACACUGCUUUGAGAGUUGGCUGGCUUCUGGGUGACAGUGGAUAGAGAGGGAGAAAACCUCCAGGGUUUCCGAGAUCUUUUCUUCUUUCUGAGGCGAGCCUUUGUCAGACUGGAGCAACAUGGCUGCUGUCCAGUAGAGCAGCUCGGGGGAGGAGGUGUUCACCCUUUAGAUUCCCCCGGCUUGUGUCUGCCUCCCCCCAGAACAGUGAUGCUGCGAGGUCCCCUGGGUUCCUGCUGGGUGGGCCGAGGCCCCGCUGUCCGGUAGCUUACAGCAGUGUCCAGCUGCCUUACUCAUGAAAUGGCCGCUGUCCUCUGCGUCACUGGGCGGGGGGGACAUGUGCCUUGUUGCCUGCGAGCCCUGUGUAUGGCAUGGGCAUUUCCCACCUUGAUCCGCCACCAGGUGCCACCUCUGACCUUGCCCAGUGACGCUGGCGCUUCCACGAGUCAGCUCAGCACUGGGUCUGGCCUCUGCAGAGUAACUCGUCAUCUUGACACAGGGCUCCCCAGCAAUCUAGAAGCAUCGGGGUCUUCAAGUGACCGUGUGUAGCUGCCCAGGAUCUUUGGGGUGUUUUGUUUGUUUGUUUGUUUAAACCAUUUCAGUCACCCAUAAUCUUAGAUUUAUUUGUUUUUGCCGGGCUCUGGGUCAGACACGGUGGGAAACACAAGAGGCGGGAUGCAGGGGAGCUUGCUGGCAGCUCCGCGUGUGAAGCAGUGGGGAGUGACUCAGUGUGGCAGUGAGAACUCAGAGUGGGUAGGACCCGGGCAGACCAGAUGGUGCAGGAAUACUUGGUGGCAGUGAGCUUUGGGCAGGCGGCGAGAAGCCCGGAUGAGAAGUUCUGCCUGGCAGAGGGAAGCUGCGUGCUGGGAGCCACACAGGGCCUGCCCGAGCCCAGUGCCAGCACAUGCCGGCAGGGUGCAGUGAUACGGAACCCAGAGCCCGUGUGAGGGCGACGGGCACCACGCCCUGUGGUACCAGGGCUUCCUGAGGAGCCGGUCACGGCUACUGCCACCUGAUUUGCCCUCCAUGGAGUGGGUUAUAGGUCUGGUGCCAGAGGAAAGAGAUGCUCCAACAGGAGAGGUGGAGGAAGAGGUAGGGAGAGCCAGUUGGCCUAGGUGUCCUGCCUGCAUUUCCCCUGAGCCCACCCCACCCAUCCCACCCUUGCUGAAAGAACUGCUGCUCAGAUGACCGGAUCUUCAGUCACAGACUGCACAUGAUGGCGGUGCCCCCGGAUCCUGCCCCGGCCCCUCCCUCGUGUAUGUUGAUCUGCUAUAACCUUCCUUGGGACAGGUGUGACUGCUGUCGCCACCUGCUCCAACUGCACCCCGGGCUAUGUGGCAGGAAUACAGGAUGGGGUGGGGAGCUGGCGCACAGCUGGGAGUUUGGGACCCUUGGUCCAUUGGUGAGAAGCGGGGCCACGGGCGGCAGCACCAGAGUCUGCAGCAGAGAGGCUGGCUGGGAACUUGGCCCACUCCACCUCAUGGGGCUGGCUCUCGGUGGCACUGGAGUGAAGGGCGAUGGCCUCAGAAGAGCUGGGGGCCAGGGUGAGAGGCCCGAGGCCCCAGGUCACCAGCAGGAAGUGGGGGGGACGGGACUGUCCUCACAGUGGGGCUCGGAGCUGGCCUGAGGCUGCAUGCCACGUCUUGCCCGCGGUUCCUGGGGUGCUGAGAGCGCAGAGCAGCGCAGGGCCGGCAGCUCCACCCCCUCUGCGGAGAGACCGCACCCCUGUGUCUGAGGGAGGAACUUUUGAGUUAGACAUUUUCCCUAUGGGAAUCCUCUUGGUUUGGUUUGUGGGGAAAGGGGGAGUGGAUAAAUGAUUUUUAUCUCUAAUUGUCGACACAGCUGUUCCUACACUGAAUUUGUGCUAUUGCAUACAUGUAGCCAUCUUUCUUUUCACUGCAGCAGUGUUUAUCAGUAGUUCAAAAUGAUUUAUUUGCUCCUGGGGAGUAAAACCUUUUUUUAUUAAAAAAAAAAAAAAGAAAAAGAAAAAAAGUGACCCUCCCCCCACCCCAUGAUAGCUCAAGGAUUAUUGGGCUACUGAGGCCGAGUCCAGUCUGCUGGCCCUAGCUGUGUCCCCGCAGUCUGGGAAGUCAGAGCCAAGUGUUGGAGGUGGGAGAAGGGGCGGCCCGAGCCAAGCCCGAGCGGGGACUGGGGUGUGCAGGAAGCUAGCGCAGUGGCUAGUGUCGGAAUCACUGGGCGGUCUGCCCGGGAAGCCUUUCUGGGCGAGCGGGUCCAUUUCCUGUGUGUCCUCAUAGCUUCUUGGCCCUCCUGGCAGGGCUGCCCAGCUUCUCCCUCCGUCCCUCCCUGUCCCUCCCUGUCCUCGCCAGCCCUCGCCCUUCCUGUCCUGCCCCAGCUACCUCCCAGGAAGCCAGUCCUGCAUGCUGAGUCUGUGACAUGCCUUUGUGCCCAUUUCAUCUCAUUUUAGGGGUACCUGGAAUGGCUCCCCCACACACACCUCCUGUGCAAUGCCACACACGAGGCAUCAAGGGGCGGGCGGCCAGCCACCACCCCGUGGAAGACGUGAAUGUUGGUUGCAGCUGGACUGCGAUCGUAGUUGUUCCUGGAGACGGUGUAAGGGAAACUGAGGUCUGACCGGGACGAUCACACACCGCACAGCCCUGCUCAGAGCUGCGGUCUAAAGCCCCCUCCAGCUCAGGUCAGGCGGGAAGGCUGGUCCCACGACUCCAUCCCUGGUGCUCCCCAGAACAGGGACCCACCUUCCCUGUUAGGCCCGGAACCUUCUCCAAGGAGCAAGCCUCACCGAGGCACUGCUGAGUGGGUCGCCGGAACGCCCAAACUGGUGCUGCCCCUGGCACGGCCACUGCUGUACAUUUUUUGGUCGUUUUUAAGAAACUCAAUGAAGAGGGGUGUCCUUUGGGCUUGGGUGGUUGCUGGUUCUCCACGGAGGGGCGCCGCACGCCCCCCUGCAGCCACUUCUGUCCUCUGUAGCCACCCUGCCUCCCUUCCCCAGCCAAAGCGUGGCCCGGCUCUCGUCUUCCCGUUCAGUUCUCCUUUACCUCCUCCCUUUUUGUGCUUAAUUUAUUAAAAUAGUUGCUGUAUAAUUUAUUUUCAUAAACUAUAAGAAAAUUACUAAAUGGUUAAAAUAGACUUGCAGGCCAAUCUUAAAAUGGGAUGGGCGGGUUUAAGGGUGGGACGGGGAAAGGGAAAGAUGUUUUGAUAUACACAACACAAAUGCACUUUGGGUGUGUUUUGGUAUUUUUCUGGGGCUGAGGGGUGGGCACGGGGAUGUCCCUGUAGAUUAGUUUCAGAAUGGGGUGUCUGUAUAUACUGUAUCAAUAGGCAUGUGUGACUCUUGUAAAGGGACAUUAGUAGCUGCUGCAGGUCCUGUUUGGAAACCCCAUGUACAAUUUCCAGUUUUUUGUAAGUGUCAGUGCGGGAGACAUUUGACUCUUGUGUUUGUAUCUCCUUUUUAUGAUUGCUGUACUGACCCAUGUCUUUUUGGGGUGGGAUGAAGAGAUUUGAAAUAAAAAUGUUUAGAAAUUA